AUGGCAAGUAGUACGCCAACGACGUUGCCUCCAUCCGGAACCUCGGAACAUCGGGGUUCCAAGACGAAACGAGUCCACAAGAAAUCGCGGAUGGGCUGUCAGACUUGCAAGCAAAGACGAAUCAAAUGCGGGGAAGAGAGGCCUAUUUGCGCUCACUGCAUGAGACGAGGUGAAGAAUGUCACUAUAUUCUCCCGAUACAUGCCAGGCAAUACACUUCACCAGUGGCCUCGCCGCAAACAUCUGCAACAGCACCGAAUCUUGGAUUGUUGGACUUGGAACUUAUGCACAACUUCUGCACGUCGACAUACGCAACCUUGAGUAACGACGUGGCAAUCCGAGACCUCUGGCGAGUUCGGAUCGUCAAGCUUUGUCUCAAUUGUGAUUAUGCCAUCUUGGCGGUAUUGUCUGUCUUAGCACUCCACCUCAGCCAUUUUUCAACAAAAAGAAAAGAGUUCCUCCGCGAACGGGCUAUCACAUAUCAUAACCAGGCUCUUAGCAUCGCAGCUACAUUUAUCGAUGCCUACAACGACACAAACGCUCAAGAAUUGUUUUCUUUUUUAAUUUUGACUAUUUACUAUUCCUUCGCUCAAACUCCAGAGCAAGAAGAUGGGCCAUAUCCUCCCUGGGUAGUCUUAAUUAAGGGAUGCACGAGUUUUCUUGCCCUGGCUAAAGGCACACUCACCCUUGGUCCUUUCUCCGCCCUACUGUUCAAGGCUAGCAGAAGGAUGGAAGCAAGGGAACGAGUUUUCAAAAGGGAUUAUAUGGAGCAGCUGCGGAUCUUCGUGGAUAAGACAGUCACUGACUUAGUACAGCGCUCUAUCUACCAAGAUGCGCUUUGCGCAUUAAACCAGACAUAUAGUGUUUUCUAUAAAAUAGAUGGUGAUAAGGACCUAGUUAAUAUCUUUUCCUGGAUUGUACUAGUAAAGGACUUUUUUAAGUUUAUGGCAGAUGAAGAACCGGAAGCGCUUGUUAUACUCUCCUACUUUUGCGUCUUAUUAUACAGAUUACCUAGUCAAUAG